GUAACGUAUCACGUGUGUAAAAAUGGCGGCUUGCAGUGGCAGGUCGUGGGUAGUGAAAUACAGCUGUAUAUUCUGACUUUGACUUUAUGUUUGUUUAGUUUCGAGAUUAUUUUUACGUAUUUUUAAACGCGGUUCGGCUUAAUGACAUGUGGCAGCAUUAGCGGUUGAAUGAGCGGUUUAAACUUGCAGUAGCUGCUGUCAGAAGCAGCUGUGGGCUACUCGAGUGUUUUUAAGUAGGAGAGAAGAUGUUUUCACCUUGUUGGUCACGACUGUCCUGCGUGGCUUUGUCCAGCCGAGGAGGUCUGAGGACGCUGAGUCUGUUCUCCAGCUCUGGAUCCUCAAACUGGAGCAAAGUUGUCUCCGAUGCAGAGAAGAUCGUGGGAUAUCCGACUUCCUUCAUGAGCCUCCGCUGCCUCCUGAGUGACGAGCUCAGUAACGUUGCCAUGCACCUGAGGAAGUUGGUCGGCACUCAGCACCCUCUCCUCAACACUGCCAGAGGCUUCGUCUAUGACAGUAAGAACAACCUUCAGAUGAGGGGGCUGGUUGUCCUGCUGCUGUCUAAAGCCGCAGGGCCAAGCCACGCCGCCUCCGAUCUCCUAGCCCAAGACAUGGUCAGCGGCAUCUACCCCAGUCAGAGGAACCUGGCAGAAAUCACAGAGUUGAUCCACACAGCCUUCCUGGUGCAUCGUGGGAUUGUUAACUUGAAGGAGUGGACGGACUCAGACGGCCCGCUGAAGGACAUGCAGUUUGGGAAUAAGAUGGCUGUUCUGAGCGGCGACUUUCUGCUGGCCAAUGCUUGCACGGGACUGGCCCAGCUCAACAACACUAAGGUAUCCUAUGAAAUGUGUUCAAUGUGUUUGUUUGACGUGACACAAACGAUAAUCGUAAAGACAGCGGAGAACGGCCUCACCGACGGCAUCGACGUGGCGGCGUGGGAGGAGCAGACGUUCCUGUCUCAUGGGGCGCUGCUAGCCAAGAGCUGUCAAGCUGCGAUGGAGCUCGCCAAACACGACAAAGAGUCUCAAAGACUGGCCUACAAGUACGGCAAACACCUGUCACUGGGCCACAAGCUGAACUCUGACCUGCAGCCGUUUGUGAAGAGCAGAGUAGGAGAGCCGCUGUCAUUUAGUCUGACCGCUGCCCCGGUCGUUUUCCACCGUCAAAUUAUGGGCCGGGAGACGUGGCAUCAUCAGCUGCAGCAGGCAAAAACUUUGAGAAACCAGCUGGAUUACUCAAAGCUUUUGGCAGCGGUUAAGUCGGAGAAAGGCGUGAGCACGGCGAUGGACUUGUGCUGUUACCAUGGCAACAAGGCUCUGGAGGCCAUCCAGGCUUUCCCCUCCUCCGAGGCUCGAUCCGCCUUGGAGAACAUCGCCUCUGCCGUCACCAAAUUUUGACCUGGACACACACACACACACUCCUGUACAGCCUGGAGGGGUCUUUGUCUGCAGAGGCCAAAGAACGAGAACAGAUUAACUUUGUUUUACUCGAUCCAGAUGCUGAGAAACUGUUCUGCUCUCUGGUCAUCAUUAAAUAAAAAAAGUUUUUUUUAAAACCCCCACAUUA